AUGUAAAAAAUAUUAAGAACUUUAAAUCCUUUAUUUCGAUUUUCAACCAAAAAAGCACAAAGAAUAUAAAAUAAGAUUUAAGAUAUUAAAGAUCAAGAAUCAACUUCAACACUUGAAAGUGUAGCAGAAUAGAAUACAUUCACUGAUGAAUAAUUAGUGAAAAUAAUUGAAGAUAGAAAGAAAUUUAUUAGAGAAUUAACAUAAGAGACUAAAACUCCUAAAGAAGUUAAAUAUAUAACAUUAGCUACUUUGAGUCCUUUAAUUUUAUUGUCAUCAGCUACCUUAUAUUCUUUUAUUAAUCCAGCCUUUGCAAUUUAUUCAGGUUAAUUAAUGCAUGCAUCAUUAAAAUAUGCAUCAAUUAAUCUGGCAUUUUAAGUUAAAUCUAUUUUUAUUAUAUAGGCUGGUAUUCAUUGGGGAUUUGCAAUGUCAUAGCAUGAAACUUAAUUAGAUUGGUUAAAUAGUUCAUCUGAAGCUCGAACAACUUUCUUUUUGGCUACUAUACCUAUAAUUGGAGCCAUUUUAGUAUCUUAAUAUUUUCUUUAUGGAAAUAAUGAUAAUAUUUAAGCAAUUUCAGCAACUAUUGGAAUCAUAUUUUUGAAUUUAAGUAAAUAAAAUUUAUAGUUUUUAGUGGUUUCAGGUUUAGACAUUAGAUCAAGAAAUUACACACCUGGAUGGUUUUUGAAAAAUAAAAUGUUUUAUUCAAUUGGUUUUCAUGUAGCAUUAAUACCACUAAUAUAUUGUCUCUUUAUUUAUGGAGAUAAUUUCAAAAAUAAAGAAAGUAUUUAUAGAGUAUUAUGA